CUCUCUUACCUCUCCUUCCAUCUCCCUCUCAUCGCAAUGGCUAAAGACGCACAAGCUAAGAAAGCGAAGAAGGAGACCAAGGUGGCUGCAAAGCCAGCUGCUGCACCGGUGAAAGCCGCAAAGGAAACUAAGCCUGCAAAGCCGGGCAAGCAGCCCAAGACCGACGUCAACAAGGUGCCGCUUUCUGCCAAAGAAAUUCUCGCAAAAGCAAAAGCUGAUGCCGCCACCACCGCUGUUCCUGACAAGAAGGAAAAGAAGAGCAAGAAGGCUGCAGCCCCUCCCCCUCCUGGUCCUGCAAAGGAGUCGUCCGAAGAGGAGUCUUCCGAUGAAGAAGACAAAACAUCCGAGGAUGAGGCAUCGAAAGCUCAACAGGUCAAGCCGCCUGUGCCUGUCGGCAAGAAGGCCGAGGAAAGCUCCGAGGAUGACUCUGAUGAAGAUGACAGCGAGGAGGAAGAGCAACCCAAGCCAGCUGUUGCGGACGAGUCUUCCGAUGAGGAGUCAUCAUCAGAUGAGACUGACGAUGAGGAACCGAAAUCCGUCGCCCCAAAGACAAAUGGCGCAGCCCCUGUUUCCCCUGAGGAUGACGAGGAUAGCGAUUCCAGCGAUGAUGAGGAGCCUGCGGCAAAGACAAACGGCAAGGCCGCGCCUGUCGCUGAGGAGGAGAGUGAUGAAGAUGAUGACGAUGAUGAAGAAUCGCCCAAGUCAGCCGCAAAAAUGGAUGUUGAUGAGGAUGAUGAGUCGAGCGAUGAGGACGAUGAAGACGAGGAAACGGAGGAGGCAGCUGCACCCAAGACCGGCAAGCGUAAGGCCGAAGAGGAGCCUGUCAUUCCGAAGAAGGCCGCCAAGACAAAGGCUGAUCAGACAGCUGGCGCAGCGGCUGCCGAUGCUGGCGAUUCCAAGACGAUCAUCGUAAAGAACCUCUCCUGGAACGUUGACGAUGAUUGGUUGAAGACCGAAUUUGAGGAGUGUGGCGAGAUCGUGUCCGUUCGUGUUCAACUCGACCGACAGAGUGGCCGCUCUCGCGGGUUCGGCUUUAUCGACUUCUCAACUUCCGAUGCCGUGGCCAAGGCACUUGAGACCAUGCAGGGCAAGGAAGUCGAUGGUCGAGCCAUCGCAGUAGACAAAACUGAAUCCAACCCCCGGAACACCCAGGCACGCGCUGCCAAAUUCGGUGAUACACCCUCUGAGCCGUCGCAGACGAUUUUCGUUGGAAAUGUGGCCUUCUCGGCUGACGAGGAUGCUCUGUGGCAGACGUUUGCCGACUAUGGUGCAGUGCGUAGUGUGCGUCUGCCGACAGACCGUGAAACCGGUCAACCCAAGGGCUUUGCCUACGUCGAGUUCGAGGACCAAGCCGGAGCGACUGCCGCUUUUGAAGCUGGGAAGGAAGGUCUCGAGAUUGGUGGCCGCCCCGUUCGCUUAGACUACUCCCAGCCGAGGGAUAACUCUGGCGGUUUCGGUGGUCGCGGUGGUCGUGGCGGACGUGGUGGCUUUGGCGGUGACCGCGGUGGUAGGGGUGGUGGGCGUGGUGGCUUCAAUGACCGUGGUCGUGGUCGUGGCGGGUUCCGUGGUGGUGACCGGGGCCGUGGUGGGGGCAGAGGUCGUGGCAAUGUCCGGAGCGGUGCUUUCGCUGCAUCGGAGGGGAAGAAAAUCUCGUUUGACUGAGCGCUACGCUCCGGUCGACCGUGGAUAGAGGGGGUUCAUUUCUCUAUGACUGGUCUCGCGCCCUACUAGCUCGAUUAUGAUUUUGUUUGUUGUCGCGCUUGAAACUGUCUGGGUUUCUCCUCGGUACAAAAGGCCCCGCAUGCUUCUAUAUGGCCAAUCUCUUUUUUUUGACUACUAGUUACAGACUAUUCUUGUUGAUUG